AUGAAUAAAACUUUUAUAGUAUCUGCAGAAGCUAUACCAAACCCAAACAGCCGAUAUACCACACAAGAUCUUUUAUUUUUUUUCCUUUGUUUAACGUUGUCAGUAAUUUAUAUUCAAUGGUUAUGGAGUCGAAGAAAACUUUAUACAUAUGCUUUGAAAAUACAUGGACCUAUAUCCUUACCUAUAGUAGGAUGUUUUUACUUAUUUAUAACACAACCCACAGAAAUCUACAAAAAUUUGAUGUACCUAUUCGAAAAAUAUUCCGGUUUAUCUAGAGGUUGGUUUGGUCCUCAAUUAUUUUUCCUAGUUCAAAACCCAAAACAUAUAGAUAUAAUACUAAGUAGUCCUAAGGCCCUGGGUAAGCCCUAUUUAUAUGACAAAAUAGUACAAUUUGUUGGCACAGGAAUUCUUACAGCACCUGUACCAAAAUGGAGAAAACACAGAAAACUGAUUCGUCCAACUUUUAACCAAAGAAUCUUGGAUCAAUUCGUCGAAAUUUUUUCUGAACAAUGUGGAGUUUUGAUGAAAUGUUUGGGAAAAGAAGUUGGGAAAGAAGUUGAUCUUUUUCAUUAUUUAACCAAACUUACUUUGGAUGUAUUAUGUGAAACUGCAAUGGGCAUUAAAGUAAAUGCCCAAACAACAGAUUCAGUAUUUGGAAAAUGGAUAGAUAGGGCAAUGGAGAUAACAAUGUUUAGAAUGUUGAACGUAUGGUAUCAUUUCGAUUUUAUUUUUAAUUUUACGCCAUUAAAAAAGGAAUAUGAUGAUAUUAAUCAUAAAUUUCAUGCAUUUACUGGGAAGGUUGUUAAAGAUAAAAUAACGGCCUAUAAAAACAAAAUGGAGGAUAUUGAUGACCGCACCGAAUCUGAAGUCGAAGUAACCGGUAACAGAAAAGCCUUUUUGGAUUACCUAAUAGAUAUAGCCUACAACCAAAAGGACUCAAUGCUUACUGAGCAAGAGAUUAGAGAGGAAGUUGACAUAUUUAUGGUUGCUGGUACAGACACGACAGCUACAUCACUUUGUUUUACAUUUAUGGUGCUAGGGAUAUAUCCAGAAAUCCAACAAAAAAUAUACGAAGAAGUUGUGGAUGUUAUUGGGUACACUGGUAGUGUGGAAAGCAAGGACUUGCCCAAACUAAAAUAUGCAGAGUGUGUUUUAAAGGAAACUCAAAGAUUUUUUGCCCCUGCGCCGGCUAUAGCAAGGGAAUUAACUGAUGAUCUGGAUUUAGGAGACGUAACUCUACCAUCUGGUUGUUCAAUCGUCGUUGGUGUUAUUAAGGUCCAUAGGAAUCCUGAAUACUGGAAUGACCCUAUGAAGUUUGACCCUGACAGAUUUUUACCCGAAAAUGCGAAAAAAAUUGUUCCAGGGUCGUAUUUACCGUUUUCUUGGGGGCCCCGAAAUUGUGCAGGGCCUAAGUAUGCAAUGAUGGCCAUGAAAACAGUGGUGGCAAACGUCGUAAGAAAAUACCAAAUUUCUUGUGGUUACAAAAAUAUUGAGGAAGUUGAUCUAAAAUGUAACCUACUUUUGAGAAGUACAGAAGGUUUCAAAGUGACUUUUCACAAAAGGUAGUAAUUAGUUAUUAUGUACAUAUAUAAACUUAAUUUUGUGAAGCAACAUUUUUUAUGUAAUUAAAUGAAUUUUAAUAAAUAAAUAGCAAGG